AUGGGUCGGGACACAGGUACCCAAGGGAAAGGUUUAACUGGCACCAGAUGUGCUGCCGUUAGCGACAGCGCAGUGGUAGCACCGUGGCAGAGACUUCAGCGGCAGCUACUGUUCCUUCUUUCUUCAUUUACCCUCCAGCUUUCUCUCCGCACCCUCAACAGUGAUUAUCCAGAAGGUUCCUGGGUGGCCACAGGUUUCCCGGUAGGAAGGGCUGACUCGGCCAGGAGACUGGAGUGUGGAAGAGAAUCACAGGAUAAUGGCCGCAGCGCAGGGCAAGAAAGCGACCCAUCCAAACCUGAGCAGCAUGAAGACCACCAGGGGGAACAUCUCCAAAGAGAUGGGGAGGGGAAUGAGGAAGAAACCCAUAGAAAACUAAGUAAGGACUCUUCCCAGGAGGCCUAUGCUGCCACAGCCACAUCUCUCAUAAUUCCUGAGAAGUUCUGCCACAUUUUUCAAGUACUCAGCACCAAUGUCAAUGGGCAACGGAAGACAGCCUUUGCCGUCACUGCAUCCGAGGGCGUGGGGAAGACAUGCUCAGUGGCACUGAGGAAAGCAGACACCAACCUCAGCAAGAGGGCAGGAGAGCUCACAGGGAACGCAGCGGAACGCGUGACCAUCAGGGUGCAGAACCCACGUCAGCACAAGAUUCCAGACUGGUUCUUGCACGAACAGAAUGAUGAGAAGGAUGUAAAAUGCAGCUUUGUCCUGGCCAAUGGUCUGGACAAUAAGCUUCAUAAAGACCUGGAGCGGCUGAAGAAAACGAGGACCCACAGAGGGCUGCACCACUUCUGGGGUCUUGUUGGAGGCCUGCACGCCAUGACCACAGCCCACCGGGGUCGCACUGGGGGUGUGUCCAAGAAGAAAUAA